AUUGUUCUUUCCUUGACAAGAAAAUGGACAUUCUGGGAUGGCUAUACUUGUUUGGAUGUGUCACAAUGUCUAUUAAACAAUGCUGUUCUGCAUGUGGCUGCAAAAUAUCUCGACUCAGAUAUAUCUGGCUGUUUAUUACAGUUUCUUUUACUUGGAUCAAAGGCAAGCGUAUGGUGUGGGAAGCAUCUUAAAAUGACUGCUAUGUCAACUGAGGAAUCACCAGAAGAAGAACAUUGCAGCCUGUUUUACCAGCUGCUACUGGAUUUUUUGAGAUUCUCUGCUUCUAGCAUUUCAUCUAUGGCUAGAUACUCUGUUGUUUCUGACAAGGCAUCAGCGGAGGUUGUUGAAAAAUCCAUUUUAGAACAGUUGAAUCUAGCAAAAGAUGCAAUAUCUGAAAUUAAGAAUAUUCACUCAAUUGGUGGUGAGGUUUUAAAAGCUGCACAAGCGGUCAUUGAUGCCGCCAUAAGACUCUGCAAGGAGUAUCACCAAGUAAUUAAUUGGGAUUUUUCUGGUGCAGAACUUGAAAAUAAUGAGAAUAGCAUGGAAUGUAAACAGGCUUGCAGUAUGAAUCAUGUCAUAAACAUAAUAACAGUUACAUUAGAAAAACUGUUUGAGUUCGGCAUUCUUGCUGCAAACGAUGGUGGAAGUCUUGUCACCAUUCUUAAUGUGUCAUGGAAAGGUUUGGUCACCUUGCUUCAGCUGUCCAAGGGAAAAUUGCCAUUAAAAGUAAAGGUUGCAGAAAUUGUUCUGACUUUAAUUUCACUCGUCAAUGAUUCACUGAAAUGUGCAGCUGAGAGUUGGUCUUCUCCUAAGGAGAUCAUUUCUGUAACUGAAGCUAGAAGGAUAUUUGUUCCAAUAAAGUUUUACCUGAUUAAUGCAGUAAAGAUAUCUUCUCUGUAUCCAUGUCAGGCAUAUACAGUUUAUAGAGAUUUAGCACUCUGUGUCUUGAUGAUCUCGACCUUUAAAUUAUUAGUGGGCAAUGAAAAACUAAUGAAAGAUGUCAGUGAGGUUAUAGCAGAACUUUUGGAGAAAACAUCCUUGGAUUUGCUUAGUUCUUUGCUAAAUUCAACUGAUGUGAAGCAGGAAUACAAAUAUGAACUUGUUGAUUGGUUAUUCUUUGAUAACUUCUGGUCAGAUGUUAACGAAAACCCCAUUAGUAAAUGUAGGAUGACUUCAUUGGAUGAGAUAUUUGCAGUGAACUGUGAAACUAUGCCUAGAUCAAAAGUUUUGGUGCUUGGUCAAGUGGCAAUCUUUUCCAGUUUUCUGAGAUAUCCCAACGAUUUGGAGGACGAUGUAAAACUUCUGAUUGCCAGGAAACUCGAUUGGUUUAUGAGUUCAAUAAUCGAUGAAGAGGUUUAUUCAUCCAUUCUUGUAUCACAGAUUCCGCUAUUGUAUGUUUCUGGAAAAACUGUGGAGUUAACUUGGGAGCCCAUGUUUUCAGCUUUUCUGCAAGCCUUAAAAACCUUCAUGAUAGUUGUAUCUUCAACUUUAGCUUGGGAGGAGUUUGGAUCUUUCCUGGUUAAGAAUUUACUGCAUCCUCAUUUCCUUUGCUCGGAGAUCAUAAUGGAACUUUGGUGCUUUUUGGUUCGGCAUGCUGAGUUAGAGUUGGUGAAUGGCAUCAUCCUUGAGCUAUGUGCAUUAAUGAAGUUAGUAUCAUCUCCAGAAUCAGUUUUUGUUCCAGAUUCUGGUCUCCGGAAAAUGGCGAAAUCAGUCUGCACACUUCUCUUAUCCAGCAGCACAUCAUUGGUGGAUUGUGUUUAUAGUUCUGUGACUGGUGAUGAUAGAUCUCAGUUAUCAUCAAUUCUAUAUGCAGCCUUGCUUUUGGAAGGUUUUCCACUGAACUCGCUAUCAACAAACAUGAGAAAUAUUGCUAAAGAAAAAAUCAUCUCUGACUAUUUUGGUUUCAUUGAUAGCUUUGAUGACAAAUCAUUAACUCUCUCCGGUCCUGAAUUUGGGCUUCCAGUUUUUGCAUUAUCUGCUUCAUUAAAGUCGCUGCAGGUGGCCAUAUCCGACACAGACAUGAAGACCUUGAAGUUCCUAGUUGCUAUUAUUGGUGGCUACAGGAAUUCUGCAGAUAAAUUAAAGAAGGAAGUUUGUUGUAAGCUUUUGAAUCAGAUGCUAUGGAUUUGUUCAAAUUUGAGUCACCUAUAUGAAUCUGAAGAAAUGGAGGAAUUUAUAUUGGAGCUUCACAAUUUGUUUGUUGCGGGGCCAGCAGCUUCCGAUACUGUUUUGAACCACUGCAAACCGGGACUGGCACUUUUCUUGUCCGGAAUCAGUGCCAUGGCGAUGUCGGAGAGUGAUAAUUGUCCUAAAAGUACUGCUGUAUGGGAGUUGUAUCACAUGGUUUUGAGAGAAAGGCACUGGGCAUUUGUUCAUCUAAGCAUUGCAGCAUUUGGAUAUUUUGCUGCUCGGACUAGCUGCAAUCAGCUAUGGAGGUUUAUGCCUAAAGAUGCAGCACUUUCAUACGAUCUAGUAUCCGGAAAUGAUGCGAACGAAGACAGAUUUAUGUCAGAGUUUAAGGCUUUUCUAGAGAAAGAAAGGGCUCUUCCGGCCGUUAUGUCCAGCAGCACUGAGCAACAGCUGCCACUUCUUGAGGAAGGUUUGUCUCUAAAACAAAUGGUUCAAAAGGUCUCGAGUAUCAAUUUAGAUGCUGCAAGAUUCGAUAAAUUGGAUAUUGAUGAUGAAAACCAACCAAACAAGAGAAGGAAACUUCCUGACGGCAUUAACAGAGGCGUGGAACUGUUGCAAGAUGGCUUGAAAGUUAUUGGUGACUGUCUUUCACAGUGGCAAACUAAUCAGUUAGAGUCUGAACUUCAUGACAAGUUCAUGACACACAUUUCUAUGAUCGAAAAUGUGAUUUUUCACUUGCAAGUUCUUAGAGACAGUAGUUAAGUCCCGACGUCGUAAAUCGCCGUUCUCCGGUUUCGGCCUUCUACACCGCUAUUUACCACAA